AUGGGCCCAGGAGACGGAGGCAAAGGGGACACAAAGGGCAAGGGGCGCAAGGGCAAGGGUGGCAAGGGCCCAGACGCUGCUGACGGUGCCCAGUUCAUGGUGGCCCAGCCUGAGGGCGCCGAGGUGGACAUCGGCGACCUGGAGAGGAUGGUGGCGAUGCUGGAGCGCGUGGGCGACGUGGCCAGCGCGGCGAAGCACAAGUGUACCCUCACUGAGAGGCGCCGCAAGGCGGCCGAGAAGGCGUACGUGGCCCCGCUGUCCCAGAGGGUCACCAUGGCCCACAAGCAGGCGGCGGAGGUCAGUCAGAAGCUGGAGAAGGCGGUGGCUCACUUCGAGCGGCUGCAGGAGGGGUUCGAGCAGCAGCGCAAAUGGGUGCAGCAGCUCACGGACGAACUCGAGGAGCGCGAGAAGGAGCACUGCCGCCUUGUGGUGGAGCUCAAGGAGACGUACGUGCCGCCGCAGCAAGCCCCUGCUCAGGCGCUCAGUGUGGCUGGCAUCUUGGACGGCACGAUUGAGACGAUUCCGCUGUCCUUUGCAGGCCAGGGUUUCGACGAUGCGGAAUAUGAUAUGGAGGAAGCGGACAAGCGUGAGUUGGAGGACCGCACCGCUCGCCUGCAGACCGAGUUGGCGGCGGCGGUCAAGGCUAUGUUCGGCCAGGCGGCGGAGAAGGCCAAGGCCUUCAAGGUGGAGCAGGAGCAGAUGGCGGCCCGUCUGGCGGGCAAGCGCAGGCGGCAGGACCCCGAGGCCGCGGCUCUUGGCCCUGAGGAGCGGGUGCUGGAGACGGGCUCAAGCAGCGCGCAGCCAGAAUCUGUCGCCCGCCGCCCCCUCAGGCCACGAAGCCGGCUUGAUGGGGCCAGCUCCCUGAAUAAAGGCGUCGCUGCUGAUCAGCUGGGCCCAGCGGCGCGAGGCGGCCCGCCUGGGUCAGGCCCAGGCACGAUGGGGCUGCCGCUUCCCGAGCCCAUUGACCCAGAUGGGCCAGAGGCGGCUUUCUACGACGGAGUCACGAUGUCGGCGGCCAGGUGGAUUCCUCGCCUGCACUCGUCAGAGUCGGGAGCCGACUGCUGGAUGCAGUGGUGUAAGCCCUACGUCAGGGAGCUGCUCAUGCAGGUCCAGCAUGACCACUGGGUGCAGGAGGCUCGCCAGGGCAGGUCUUUGGAUCAGAUGGCGGAGGACAUCUGCGCAGAGGCCUGGGAAGAUGGAGCUGAGAAUCAUGUCAACAUUCUCGGCUUCUUUGAUUGGUGUGAAUCUAAUGACAGAGAUAUGCUGCGCUGGGCUCUCCGUCGGCACUGGGAGGAGCUGCGCAGAAUCAAGAACGAGAUGGGGGAUCUGUUGAGCCUGCCAC